CUACAAAAAAAGACAUGUCUUUCAUAAUGCAUGUACAAUACUUUAUAAGCUAUUACGAUGCGGUAGCACUGUAUUCUUGCUUUUAAAAGGUCUCGCCUGGCUUACAGGGGUUGACGUCAGGUAACACCUAACUCCAAGCUUGUUUUUCGCCCAGGCGCAGCAGAUAAUAAGUUGCCCCGCUCCAAUUGUAACGCACUAACAACACCACCAUCGCUGGCCACUGCAUCAUAUGCGCCUAAUACCUCUCUCGCUCUUGCCCCCCCCUUCUCGCCGCAUGUAAUUACUGUGCUGCCGCUCUGCCGUUCCGCUGUUCAUUACUCAUAACUUGAACUUCCCAACUUCGACUCUUCCCAGUUGAAUCAUUUUAGAGUUUGAUCCGUUUUUUUUUUCAACUAAACGCAUACAAAAAAAAGUAUCAAUUCGCACUCACACUUAUAUAUAUAUACAUACACAUAUUACGGCUAACACGCACUAUCGCACGCCAAAAAUGUCCGCGUACGACCCUUAUGACCCUCCCGCGCGCGAUCAUUCCCGCCGGUAUUACCAUGAUGAUCGCCGUGAGAGGGCAGCUCCCCGCUACACCGAAACUCAGGAAACAUACUACAGAGUAAAUCCAACGAGCCGAACCGCACUUGUGCCCCGAACGCGGGAGGACAGUGAACAGCUCUCCGUCGAGGAAGUCCACAGAGAUUUCCCCCCUCCUGGUUACUCCCGAGAUAUCCGUAGAGCCAAAUCCGCUGACCCCGGCUACGAUGAUUACUACUACGACUCGCGCCACCCUUACGACGGUGCGCGGGAUCAGCGUUCUCGUAAGAAGCCCGCUAGCAUCUACUACGAGGAGGAGGAGAGAACUCGCAAGCGCGUCCUGUCAAAGCAGGAAAAAAUCAUCGCCGCUGUCGCCGGUGGUCUCUUAGCCGCCGGCGCUAAAGAGCUCUGGGAUCGCCGUGAAGCGGAGAAGGAAGGCGUUGAACUUCAUCGAAACAUAGCCGCUUCCGCUGCGCUUGGCGCUGCGGGCGCAUUGGCCGGCUACCAAGGAGUUGACUACUACAAUAAGCACGCCAAUAAAGAUGACAAGAAGUCAACCUACGUCGUCCACAGAGGACGAGAUGGUAAAGUUGUCGAGUAUUAUUCCGACGAUGACGAUGAUGAUUCCAGACAUCAAAAGGGCAACAAGUCUUUCCUUGAGAACGCCCUGGCCGCUGCUGGCCUGGGAGGCGCUAUCAAGGCCUUGACUGGCGGCGGCGGUUCCGAGAAAGAUUCAAGGAGCCGCCAUGGAAGUCGCCGCGGUAGCCCCGACUCGUACCGUUCACGAGGAAGCACGAAGAGCUCGAAGGAUACUCCUGCGGCUAGAAUGCAAAAGGCUGCUAAGGCAUCGCUCGUCGCAGGCGCCGCAGAAGCUUUUAGGGUCGCAAAAGAGCCGGGCGGUUGGAAGGGAGAGAAGAUGAAGCGAGUUCUCACCGCGGCUGCCGGUGCUGCAACCAUCGAUGCUGCCCACGAUCCUUCUAAGGAUAGUAAACGCCACCUUGUGGAAGCCGUCAUUGGUGGUUUGCUUGGCAACCGCAUGCUUAAUGGUUCUAGAAAGGAUAUCGAGGAAGAUAGAAGGACGGGCCGGAGCAGGUCUCGCUCUCGUGCGCGUUCCGAGGGCGGCGGAGUACCUGGUCUUGCGGCGCUAGCUACGGCAGGGCUAGGGGCUUUGGGCGCUAAAAAGCUUGUCGGCCGAAGUCGAUCUCGAUCUCGUCGGGGUAGCUUCGAUUCAUACGACAGCCGAAGUCCCUCCCCCCGAAGGCGCCACAGCCGAAGCCGUAGCCGCAGCCGCAGUAUCGUUGAUAAGACACGACGCAGCCUGGCUAAGAUUGGCCUGGGCAACGGCCCUGAUGACAAAGACGAUGACUACUAUGACGACCGGUCUUCUCGCCGGAGCCGGCAUAGGAGCCCAUCAAACGACCGAUAUGAUGAUGAUGAUGAUUACAAGUCUCGUGCCUAUAUGAGAGGAGGCCGGGGCCCUGCUAACGACCGAUAUGAUGAUUACGAUGAGGAGGAGCGUUCUAUUGGUAGUGGACGACCGCGUAGCUCGUCCCGUUCACGCGGAGGUAGGUCUAGUUCUUUUUCUAGUAGCGAUCUUGGAGAUUCGGAUGAGGAUAAGAAGAUGACGUCGAAGAUGCGACGUAAGCAACUCAUUACGACGGGUUUGGCAGCCGUUGCUACCAUACACGCUGCUCAUAACGUAUAUGGUAGCAUGGGACAGCGCGAUGCGAGGCACAGAGCAGUUAAAGAAGGUAAACUGAGUCCAGAAGAGGCUCGGAAAUUGAAAACCAAAGCGCUCUUGCAAGAUGCGGCCUCGGUCGGCAUCGCGGCACUGGGCGUCAAGGGCGCCAUCUCGGAGCUCAAGGAAGCCCGAGAACAGGCCAAAGCAGUUAAAGAAUGGAAAGAGGAGAAAGAGAGGCGUCACGAGAAGCGGAUGGAGCGACUUAGACGUGAAAGUUCCAGCUAUAGUGGCAGGUCUAGAGCUGACAAUUGGCGCUCUUCAGCUCCGCCGCUGGAGAAUCGGCAUGACGAUGGGCCCCAUUAUACUGACGGGAACCCCUACUCCGCCCUACCUGCACCUUCGGAGGGAUACGACAGGAGAUAAUAGGUAGGGUAUGCUACCAUUAUGCACUGUCCUGCAUAGAGCCUACUCCUUUUUCCCGCCGACUGCAUCUGUUGGGUUGCAGAGCAUAACACCUGCACUAUUUACUUUACGCCGUUACGACUUGACGAUUUACUGCUAUUUAUGGUUCUAAAGGGAAAAAAUAUACAUGAUGAUGGGCGCCAUCGCCGCCACCACCACCAUCGAGACGACUAAUGUACCUAUAUAUCCCGC